UAAUGGAUUCAUUCGUAUUUCUUUGCCUUUUCCGCUUCUUGCUUUCCGAGAUCUGAAAUGGUGACCACUUAUUAGUAUCAAGCCUCCCAAGAUCUUUUUCCUCUUUUAUUUCUUCGUUUUUUAUCAUUUUACGUUCGAUCGUUCCACCGUUGGUAACUAUGGCGUACUCUUCAUUCCUGCUCGUUGUUUCUGCUGUGAUUUUUGCAUGUUAUAUCUUUUAUGACCGUCUUUCCAAGAAGGUCAAAAUACCUGAUGGCGCCAAGUCAUUGCCGGGUCCAAAAGGUGAGAUAAAAUACGCAUGAUGCCUCGCUCACGAGAGUUCCUAAUGUUUUGCUACAGGAUAUCCGGUCAUCGGUUCGGUUCCUGAUCUUGACCCAAAGAAUCCAUGGAUGAAGAUGGUGGAUUGGAGUAAGGAUUAUGGUACCAUAUUUCAAGUCAACCUAAAUGGAGACAACACUGUCUGGAUUACCUCCCACAAGAUUUGUGAAGAGCUUUUUGUCAAGAGAGGAGCCAUCUACUCAGAUAGACCUUUCCUUGCGGCUAUUGGAGAUGAUUGCAGAUACAGCAAUAGAUAUAUUCCUCUUGUUACCUACAGUGGUGAGUGUCUCAAUCUUUCUGCAUCCAUUCGCAUCGUCCUAACUCUCUCCUAGAGGAUAUGAAGCGUAUAAAAAACUGGAUGAAAAACACCAUGUCCAGUAUGCCACCCGAUCGUCUCAAGACACUUUCUCAAAAAGGCGCCGCAACAUUCGUCACCCGCCUAGUCGCCGAACCCCACCUCUUUAAACAAUUCUGCGAAGAAUGCACAGCCCAAAUCUCCAGUCAAAUGGCCUGGAACGAUUCUCGUCUCUCCACCGCCAAAGAAACCAUCAUGCGAGCCAACCAACUUCUCCGCCGCAUCUCCGCCGAUGGAGACAUCCAAAACAAACUUCCCUUCCUCCGCAAAUUUCCAGACUGGGUUCCGGAUUUUCUGCAGCCAUGGAAAGUCGAAGAACGCGUACGUUUUCUACGAGAGAGAAAUUUCUGGUUUGGGCAAAAAGAGGCCGUGAGGAAGUCGCUUCAAAGUGAGAAGCCGAAUGCUUCUUGGAUGUCGAGACAUCUUACAAUGCCUACUACCCCUAAUUCGGAUGAGGAUAAUACGUACUCGGUUGGUAUGUUGGCGUUGAUUGGAAGUAUACUUACGUCAUCACCUAUUCAAAGUUUCUUUCACGCUAUGAUUGUUAGUCCGGAGUGGCAACGUAAGGGACAAGAGGAGGUAGAUAGAGUGUGUGGCGAACGACCGCCGACUUAUGAAGAUAUCCAAAACAUGCCUGUAGUGAGGGCAAUUAUCAGGGAGAUAUUCAGGUGGAGAAGUCCAGCUCCUGCUGGUAUGUUUAAUUCCUUUUCCUAUUUUAUCUGCUCUCUCCUGAAGCUUUGUUUCCGAGUAAAUGGGUAUAGCAUCCGAUAAGAAUUGAAGAACUAACAAAACAAACCAGGCGUUCCUCAUGUUCUCGCACAAGAUGACAUAUACGAAGGCUACUACAUCCCGAAAGGCACUACCUGUUUUGCCCUUGAAUGGGGUCUAUGCCGAGACCCGGUCCUCUAUCCCGAUCCCGAGAACUUCCGCCCGGAGCGCUGGCUCUCUCCUGAGUUUCCCACAUACCGAGAACCACUCACCCAUUGGCCCUCCAUCAAAUCCCAGCAUGGAUUUGGCUGGGGAAGACGCGCUUGCAUCGGCCAGGAUCAUGUAGAGAUGGUGCUGUUUACAAUUAUGGCGACGAUAUUGUGGAGUGUGGAUAUUAGGAAGAAGAAGAAUGAGAAGGGUGAGGAUAUAGAGGUGCCGUGGUAUGAUUAUACGGCGUAUGUGAUUGUUAGACCGGAGUGGUUUGCUUUUGAUGUUGUGGAGCGGAGGGGUGAAGGGGCGGAUGCACCGAUCAGAGCUGAGUUGUUGAAGGGUAAUGCGGAUAUGGAGAUGGUUAGUGGGGAGGAUGGAAUGUUUAAUGGGAAAGCCGUUGGAUAUGAGAAGAGGGAGAUUUCGUUAAGAUGACCUUGAGUAUAUAUGCUAGGGAAAUAACGUAUUGAUUGUAUUUUUUUUCGUUAUAUUAUUCUUGCUGGUUCAUACCUAGCUCUUUUCCUGAAGUUGUAUGUUUGUGUACGCAAAUUUAGAGAAUAAAUCAGAUACUUCACUGUCUUUCUUUGAGAGUGUAGAUAAACAGGUAUAAGAGCUGUAUCCUCCUGCCCAUCA